AUGCUUAUAUCCAGAUACAUAAAUAGACAUGUAGCAUUGCGUGGAAUAUUCCACCUUUCUCCUGUGGCCAAAUAUUCAACCAAACCCGACCCAUAUACGGAAAAAGUCAGUAGGGCCAGAUUUGAUUGCAUUGAGCAACUGAAAAAAGCUGAUCCGAAUUCUCUGCUUAUAUCAAAGAUGUAUCCGGAAUAUCUUCGGGACUCAUUUAUUGGUCUCAAAUCAUUUAACAUAGAGCUAUCUAAGAUUUCCUUUGCUUUCCAGCCGGGUGCAACCUCCAAAUCAAAAGAAUUGAAUAACUUGAAGUUCCUCUUUUGGUCCCAACAAAUAGAUAAAUGUUCGCAGUUAAAUCUUGAUAAUGCAGCAUCAAUACUUUUAGACAUAAACGAACCAUCCACUAUUCUUAUUGGAGAUACAAUAUUGAAAAACUUAGUAUUAAAUCCAGAAAUGUUGAAACAAAUGAUCACAAGUCAUCAGCAUUUCUAUAAUGAGAACAGCACUGUUGGUUUUAGAAAUGUGGACGAAAUUUGCUCUUUUGGCGAAGGUACUCAUUCUCAGAUAAACUAUCUGAUGCAAUCAAUCCUCUUAUCUCCAUCACUAACGGGGUUUUCAAACAUAGGUAUUGAUUUGCUAGAGUUACCUAAUUCGAAUGAUCUAAGAAAUACCUUGACUGAUAUUAGUGCUCAUUUAGGCCAAGCGACCUCAAUCAGCUCAUUUUUAAUUGCACUGAAAUACUUUGCUACGAAAAAACAAACGUUGAUGCUACCAUCUGAUUCACUAAUAAAAUAUAAGCUACCAGAGGAAGUUGUUCUUAGAUACCUACAGGGAAGGGAAGUUGAAGAACAGAUGCAAGUGAAGGAAUUGUUGAAGAAUGUUGUAUUUGAUAUUGCCACAUUGGCGAAUGAUCAUAUAAUUACUGCUAGAACUAAAUUAGAGAAAGCUACCAAAUUGUCUUUAAAGUUAGCAAUAGAGAAUAACAAACCGGAUUUAGUGUCUGCUUUGAAAAGGGAGAAAAAAAGUUUUCCGGAAUGUUUGUUUCUCCCUUAUAUAUCUGGUAUUCCAACGAUCUUGUACUUGGAACGUCUAGAAAAAUACGAUUUUGAUGUGCUUCAUCCGAAAUUAGCUUUCAAAGACUGGCGUCUAGCUUUCCGCCUGUGGAAUGCAGAUCGUACUCGAUCAGUGUAG